UUACCUUCCCCUAAUCCCCCACCGCCAACCCAAGAUGCUAGACCAGCAGCUUCAGAUGUAAAUAACGACAGCACUAGUAUCACGAAUUCGAAGAAGAGGAAAAUAAACCGUUCUGAGAGGGAAGACAUUGAUUCAAUAUCUUCAUCUCCUAAAACCAACAAUUCCUCUUCUUCCUCCACAUCGCAACAAAUCCAGAAGAAAUUGAGGUUCGAAGAUUCAGUAGAUUUCAUUGGAUUGGAUGUGAAAAUGGCUGAGGAGUCGUCUUCAUCUGCAUCGUGUUCUUCUAACAAGACGAAAACUGUUUUUUUGGCUGGGGUUGUUGGGCAUCAUGCAAACGGGCUGACGAAAACUGCAGGCUCCACUACCUUCUCCAACAGCAAACCUGGAGCUGCAAAGAAACUAGUCAUCAAGAACUUCAAAGGUAGUUUAUUCAAAACAUUAAAGUGAUGCAUGCUGUAUUCCCUUUUGUCCCUUCUAGUGAAAGUUUAUUCUAAAAUUGUGUUAAUUACUUUGCCUAAAAUGAUAUCUGCUUUAGUCUGGGAAAUCUAGCUAUGCAAUUUUAAUGUUGAAUAUGUGAGUCAGUAAAAUCCACAAUAAUACACUAUUUAAAUACCUGACAUGAUGCAGCUCAUUUGUUUGAAUAUUGUUAUAGUUAGAUAUGUUGUCUUAUACUAAUUCUGUGUUAAAGUAACUUUAGUACAGUUGAAAUGACACACGAGAGAAUGACCGUUCUCACACUGUUUCCCUCUACUUUUCUUCACAGAAAAACCCAAAUUGCCAGAGAACUACACACACGAGACCUGGCAAAAACUGAAGGAGGCGGUCGAAGCCAUUCAAAACAGCACUUCAAUCAAGUACAAUCUUGAGGAACUCUACCAGGUAUGAGAAAAUUCUGCACCUGCCUCAUUUCCCUUCAGAACAGCCGUGGGUCAUGUUCGUUAGGCACCAAACAGAAGAAAUCAAACUGAAACAGGGUGGCACAACCUGGACUUGUCCAAUAAGAAUAGCCUGUUUUCAUUGUAUGUUGUAAAAGUUUUAUGCUUCGUGCCCUGGUGAAUACAACCCUGUGGAUAUUAUUAUGAUUGGCCACAGAUGGGAAGUCUUCCUCCUCCCCUGUGAGUUUCAUGACCUUGACUUCUUAUUCAAGCCCUAUGAUUUCGCAGUCAGUAAGCUAAACACAGUCCAAACAAACAACCUAUUUUUUUCCCCAUGUCUUUAGGCCAGUAUCUUGUGAAAGAGCUUGACAAUAAUUCUCGUGAUAUGUCUGCAGUAUUUAAUAGCUGUGUUGAGUUAUGGGAUGUUUAGAUUAUAUGGUGUGAGUGUAGUCUUCUAUAAGAUAUGAUAUGCAUAGAUCAUCAGUGUUUUAGCUCUAAAAUGCAAUAAACUCUUCAAGCACUAUCCUUUCUUUUUGUUGUGUAGGCUGUCGAGAACCUCUGCUCCCAUAAGAUAUCUGCCAGGCUCUACAAACAGCUACGGGUGGUUUGUGAAGACCACAUCAAGGCACAAAUCGAUCAAUUCAGAGAAUAUCCUUUUCUAUGUGUAAACAGAUGGUACUAGAAAGAUAACAUGUUUAGCACAGUUCAAUAUAUGUUUAGACAUUGUUCAGUCCUUGAUCACUCAAUGUAGGCUAUUAUGAUAAGUAAUUAUUUUGUUCAAGUAUUUACUAGAGGAUAGCUUUUGUCAUUUGAACUACAGGAACUAAAAUCAUGUCAUUAUAAAGUUUGAUAUUGAAUGCAUGUUUUUUUGUUUUUUUUGUAUUAAUUAUUAUUAUUUUGGGUAUUUUACCCCCUUUUUCUCCCCAACUUCAAUCUUGUCUCAUCGCUGCAACUCCCCAACGGGCUCGGGAGGCGAAGGUCAAGUCAUGCGUCCUCCGAAACAUGACCCGCCAAACCGCGCUUCUUAACACCCGCCCGCUUAACCCGGAAGUCAGCUGCACCAAUGUGUCGGAGGAAAUACUGUUCAACUGACGACCGAAGUCAGCCUGCAGGCGCCCGGCCCGCCACAAGGCAUGGCUAGAGCGCGAUGAGCCACGUAAAGCCCCCCCGGCCAAACCCUCCCCUAACCCGGACGACUCUGGGCCAAUUGUGCGCCGCCCUAUGGGUCUCCCGAUCACGGCCGGUUGUGACACAGCCUGGGAUCGAACCCGGAUCUGUAGUGACGCCUCAAGCACUGAGAUGCAAUGCCUUAAACCACUGUGCCACUUGAAUGCAUGUCCUUUUAUGUACUGAAAUGACACUGCUGCUGCUUUGUGUUGUUAUGCAUAUGACACCUGCUACAUCCUUGACUCUGUGCUCACGGAUGUACUGGACAGUACGCUCUUCCUGAAGAAAAUAGACAAGUGUUGGCAAGAUCACUGCAGACAAAUGGUAUGUCUUUAGGACUCUGUCUUUGGCAGGAUGUAAUUUGAUAGGUGUCAUUGAGAUUGAUUGAGAUUAUACAUGAUUUCUUUACUUAAAAUUCUUAAUAUUAUUUGUCUUUUUUAUUUUAUUUUUACAGAUCAUGAUUAGAAGUAUAUUUUUGUUCUUGGACCGCACCUAUGUUUUACAAAAUUCAAUGCUCCCAUCAAUCUGGUGAGUUUCUCUUCCUCAAAUAAACAUUCUGUGUAGAAAACAUUGAUCAUGUCAUAUCUCUAGCCAUAUUAUGUCAAUAGUAAUUGGUUAUGGUUAAUAUUAAUAUCACCCCUAUUGUCUUCAGGGACAUGGGCCUAGAGUUGUUUAGGUUUUACAUAAUCAGUGACAUGAAGGUCCAGAGCAAGACCAUCUACGGCAUCCUGCUGCUCAUCGAGAGGGAGCGCGGCGGCGAGACCAUCGACCGCAGCCUGCUCCGGAGCCUACUGAGCAUGCUCUCUGACCUGCAGGUAUGGCUCUGCCCCUUCACACAGGACAUGGGAAAGUCUACUUAGUGGAUAUCUUGUUCUAUUGGCCCGGUCCAGAAUCACCCCUUAGCCCCUAACCCACUAAGCACUUGUGUAGAUCUGAAAGGAUUGGGUAGGUAUAUGGUAUAUAAUCUGGCAAAGAAUUGACCUAGCGCAGAGGGAAAUAUGUUGCUUAUAGCUAGUCAUUUCUUCCAGAUGUGCAUGAAGUGGCAAGGGGUUUAUCCUGGACCCAUGCCAUUGGUUCUUUGGCUCCGAUUCAUUGUACUACUCAACAUUCAAUACUCCCAGACAGUAAUACAAACAGUCACAAGGAGGAUAUCUCCAACACUGCUGUGUCUACGAAUUUGUUCUUUAACUUUAUUUAACUAGGCAAGUCAAUUAAACAUUAAUAAAAGUCUGACAAAGCAAGGGGUGUUUGUCAGCUGUGUUAUUUGCAAUCAGCAGCACCUGUGUCAGGGUUUGAGUUGAUGUGCUAUCAGCUCCGCCACUUGAGAAAUGGCUUUAAUGACACCAAAUGUUCUCCCCUCUCCUGACAGAUUUAUCAGGACUCCUUUGAGCAGCGCUUUCUGGAGGAGACUAAUCGGCUGUAUGCUGCCGAGGGACAGAGGCUGAUGCAGGAGAGGGAGGUGAUGUAUCCCUCCAGGCAGCGUAACACCACUGAUUGAGUCUGACUGGAGGCAGCAUUUUCAUAGCCUGGUCCCAUAUCUGUUUGUGCUGUAUAGCCAAAAAUGACAUUGUACUGCCAAACUUGACAAUGAUCAUAGGAGUUGGUAAGACCUGUUAUUGCUCUAUUGCUAACUUCUAUGAUCUUCAUGUUACCUUUCUAUUACUGCACUGUUGGCGCUAGAAACAUAAGCAUUUUCGCUGCACCUGCGAUAACAUCUUCUGCAAAUCUAAACUUUAAUUUUGAUUUUACGAAGAUGUAAUGUUUGGCUGUACAGCACAAACCGAUCUGGGACCAGGUCUGUUUGCAUUUUGAGUCUUGAGUCAACUUACAGUUACUAUAGUUACUGCUGGUAAAAAAGAUUUGAACUACUUUGUUAUUUUAGAGUGAUUUGAUGUGGAGUGAUUUUACAUCACACUAGAUGUUUGUUUCCCCCUGUAAGGAUAGGCUGCUGUUUGGCUUCGUAUCCCAAAUGACUAAGCAUUUGGGAUAGGUUCAUCUGAUCACUUCUUGAAUGUCUCUUCAGGUCCCAGAGUAUCUCCAUCACGUCAACAAACGCUUAGAGGAGGAAGCGGACAGAGUCAUCACGUAUCUAGACCAGAGCACACAGUGAGUCUUUUUUUUUGUUGUUGCUUGAUUGGAUCGCUUUUAGGAUACAAUGGGUUAGUCUUCAAGAGUCCAUGAGUAUUGUUGUCCUCUGUUUUAAGUUCUACAUUUGACUCAAUUCAUGUUUGAUUUGCUGCCUUCUUGGCACCGGUCUCAACGGGAUCUACCGGUCUACAUAUAAAGAAUGAAAAGAGACAGAUUGAUGACUCAUUUCCUCCCUCCUUUUCUUUUUCUUUCUUCAGAAAACCUCUUAUUGCCACUGUGGAAAAGCAACUACUGGGUGAACAUCUCACUGCAACUCUGCAGAAAGGUAUAUAUCAGAAACGACAGACUUGACACACUGGGACAUUUUGUUUACUUACAAUCGGUGACAUUUGAACAGCGUCAAAAUAGCAAUGUUAUUGUCAUCUUAUCACGAGGACCUCAAAUAAUAAGAGAGAGACUGUUAUUGUUUAGUACCAUGAACUAAACUGCUAUUUUUCCAUCUCCAGGCUUGAAUCACCUGCUAGAUGAGAACAGAAUCCAGGACUUGUCUCUUCUCUAUCAGCUGUUCAGUCGGGUGAGAGGGGGCGUGCUAGUCCUCCUACAGCACUGGAUCGAGUACAUCAAGGUAUGCUUGAAAAGACCAAUAGUCUUUAGGUCAGCAAUUCCACCCCUGAAUCAGUCAUUUACUCUUACUAAUUAACAUUUUGGAAGUGUGGGGUUACUUCCUUCUUCCUUCCCAGUCGAAAAAUGGAAUCAUUAAUUUGUGCAGUAUAUGACCUGAAGUGAGCCUUAACACCUCUACCAAACCUCUCACAGGCCUUUGGAAGUACGAUCGUCAUUAACCCUGAGAAGGACAAGACCAUGGUACAGGAGCUGCUGGACUUCAAGGACAAGGUGGACCACAUCAUCGACAUCUGCUUCAUAAAGAACGACAAGUUUGUCAAUGCCAUGAAGGAGGCCUUUGAGACCUUCAUCAACAAGAGGCCAAACAAACCUGCUGAGCUCAUAGGUUGGUAUCGCAUGAUGAUCAUGUUGUUAUGAAUGUCGUUUCGGUUCCAUGAAGGAAGUUCGAGUGCUAUCGCUAUGGGAGAAAUGAUAAUGAUACUACUACAACGUAAACUGACUGAAAGAGAGCUCACCUUUUCAACUUGUCUUCAUUCAUAGAUGUUUGUGUGUAUUAUGCUCCCGUCAGUUGAAAGCUACCUUAUUAAGCUACAAAUUAUUUUCCAGCUUUUUAUAAGUAAACUACAAAAAUGUAAAUAAAACAACACAAAUGGUUAUAUUUUGUAGCAAAACACGUAGAUUCGAAGCUUAGGGCGGGAAACAAGGAGGCGACGGACGAGGAGCUGGAGAAGAUGUUGGACAAGAUCAUGAUCAUCUUCCGAUUCAUUUAUGGUAAUGUCGUCCCAACAUAUUCAUUUAUGGUAAUGUUGUCCCGUAUAUUCAGCCAACCAUCUACUUCCAGGUCCUUUUAAUGCUCUCUUCUUUGACAGGUCUCUUAGAAGUCUGUCUUUGUACUUGUACUUUAUACUUUUGAAUUCUUGAAUAGGCAAAGAUGUUUUUGAGGCCUUCUACAAGAAAGAUCUGGCCAAGAGGUUGCUGGUGGGAAAGAGUGCCUCCGUGGAUGCCGAGAAGUCCAUGCUGUCGAAACUGAAACAUGGUCAGUGUGUUCCCCAGUGUACCCCAUCAGACCUGGGUUCAAAUAGUAUACAUGUUCUAUCAAAUGGCUGUGCUUGAUUGACUGAUGCAAUGGAACAGUCCCAAAAUUGCAAAACCAACCCUACCCGUCUGACACUCGAGGCAGGCUCAAUCAAACACUCAAAAUAUAAGUAUUUCUAAUAGUAUUGAGCCCAGGUCUGCCCCAUACAAUCCCCCACCACUGUCUACAUCAGAACACACCACUAGCUACUACUAUUAACUAUACACAUAGAACUCUUACCAACAACUAUGAAGCAUGUGAUACUGAAUGAGACCAGUGACUCGUAACCAUGGUCCUUUCUUUAGAAUGUGGAGCAGCAUUCACCAGCAAGCUGGAAGGCAUGUUCAAGGACAUGGAGCUUUCCAAGGACAUCAUGGUGCAGUUCAAACAGGUUCGUACAUAUGCUUCUGGAAUAGGAAUGAUCAUCUGUAGUGAUAUCUCCGUUUUUUGGCAAAAGUAUCAAAUACAUUACGCAGUCAGCUAUAGAAAUGUAAAAAUACAAAAUUGCAUCUUGUAGUUGAGGCAGUACUUGCACAUCAAAAUAACUUUUGAAUUAUUAGCCUAUAUUUUUCACAUUAUGUUUUGUUAUUUUUUCUCUCUAUUACAUGCAGUGUCAAAACAUCCCUGGUAACAUUGAGCUGACGGUGAACAUCCUCACCAUGGGAUACUGGCCCACCUACAUCCCAAUGGAGGUCCAUCUGCCUGCAGAGGUUAGUGCAAAUAUCGAACCCUUCAGGCUCUCUGGUGUUUUAUGACCUGCUAUGUAAUACAUUUUGUUUGUAUCCCAAAUGGUACCCUGUUCCCUUUUAUAGUGCAGUACUUCUGACCAGGGCCCAUAGGACUCAAAAGUAGUACACUAUAUUGGGAAUUGGUUUAUUAUAAAAAGCUAAAAUGUUGCUACAGAAAUCUGUCAUUGAAAUUACAAAGUCAUUAGUGGAAUAUUAGGUUUCUAUAUAGUGUAAAAGCACUACCUAUUGACAUGCAUUACAUGGAAAAAUGUACACUUUCUUUAAGAGCGUCAAUUUUGUGAGUGAUGACAUGCAAGAGAUCAGUCAUUCAUUCAUUGCUAUGAUCAUUGAUCUCCUGAAUAAGCUAUCCCAUUUUUCUUUCUUUCUGUGCCCCCAAAUGUUUGGAUAUACUGGUAAAGUAACCAGGUUGUUAACUAGCAACAUGACUGAACAAGGUGUAUACAAAUGCCCUUGAGUGGUUUUGGAACGGCCCGCAACAUGGUUUAUUUGAAUGUAAAAUGCGGGCCGUCAAUCCACGAUAGGAAGAAAAAAUGAAUCUGUGCUCGUUUUUUUUCUCUAUGGCACUCAAAAACAACUGUACAGCAAAGCCUAAUCAUUACAACAAUUAUUAUCUAGGUGAUUUCUUUUUCUAGGCACACUGGUGAUCCAAAAAUAACAUUUCAGGUCGCACAGCAAAAUAUUUAGAAGCAUAUGCGAUCAAAAUGGUCUCACUUUAGAGCCCUGUCCUCAAUGUUUAUUGUUUAACACUUCUGCCCCUCUUGUCCAGAUGGUGCGACUGCAGGAGAUUUUCAAGACGUUUUACCUGGGCAAGCACAGCGGCAGGAAGCUACAGUGGCAGUCGACGUUAGGCCAUUGUGUUUUAAAAGCUGAAUUUAAAGAGGUAGCUACCCGUCUUUUCGAUGAUGUUUCAGUCAUCUACACAGAACAAAAAUAUAAACGCAACAAUUUCAAAGGUUUUACUGAUUUACAGUUCAUAUAAGGAAACAUGACUGGGAAUAAAAUAUGCAUCUGUUGGUUACAGAUAACUUAAGAAAAAGUUAGGGGCGUGGAUCAGAAAACCAGUCAGUAUCUGGUGUGCCCACCAUUUGCAUCAUGCAGUGCGACACAUCUCCUUCGCAUAGAGUUGAUCAGGCUGUUGGUUGUGGCCUAUGGAAUGUUUUCCCACUCCUCUUCAAAGGCUGUGCGAAGUUGCUGGAUAAUGGCGGGAACUGGAACACGCUGUCGUACAUAUUGAUCCAGAGCAUACCAAACAUGCUCAAUGGGUGACAUGUCUGGUGAGUAUGCAGGCCAUGGAAGAACUGGGACAUUUUCAGCUUCUAGGAAUUGUGUACAGAUCCUUGUGACAUGGGGCUGUGCAUUAUUAUGCUGAAACAUGAAGUGAUGGCGGCGGAUGAAUGGCACGACAAUGGGCCUCAGGAUCUCGUCACGGUAUCUCUGUGCAUUCAAAUUGCCAUCGAUAAAAUGCAAUUGUGUUUGUUGUCCGUAGCUUAUGCCUGCCCAUACCAUAACCCCGCCGCCACCAUGGGGCACUCUGUACAAAACGUUGACAUCAGCAAACCGCUCACACACACAACCCAAUAAACACUCUGCCAUCUCCCCGGUACAGUUGAAACCGGGAUUCAUCUGUGAAGAGCACACUUCUCCAGCAUGCCAAUGGCCAUCGAAGGUGAGCAUUUGCUCACUGAAGUCUGUUAUGACGCCGAACUGCAGUCAGGUCAAGACCCUGGUGAGGACGACGAGCACGCAGAUGAGCUUCCCUGAGACGGUUUCUGACCGUUUGUGUAGAAAUUCUUCGGUUGUGCAAACCCACAGUUUCAUCGGGUGGCUGGUCUCAGACGAUCCCGCAGGUGAAGAAGCCGGAUGUGGAGGUCCUGGGCUGGCGUGGUUACACGUGGUCUGCGGCUGUGAGGCCGGUUGGACGGACUGCCAAAUUCUCUAAAACGAAGUUAGAGGUGGCUUAUGGUAGAGAAAAUAACAUUUGGUUAUCUGGAAACAGCUCUGGUGGACCUUCCUGCAGUCAGCAUUCCAAUUGCAUGCUACCUCAAAACCUGAGAUAUCUGUGGUAUUGUGCUGUGUGACACAACUGCAAAUUUUUGUGGCCUUUUAUUGUCCCCAGCACAAGGUGCACCUGUGUAAUGAUCAUGCUGUUUAAUCAGCUUCUUGAUAUGCCACACCUGUCAGGUGGAUGGAUAAUCUUGGCAAAGGAUAAAUGCUCACUAACAGGGAUGUAAACAAAUUUGAAAAACAUUUUUGCAAAAUAACAUUUUUGUGCAUAUGGAACAUUUCUGGGAUAUUUUAUUUCAGCUCAUGAAACAUGGGACCAACACUCUACAUGUUGCUUUUAUAUUUUUGUUCAGUGUAGUAUGUUUAGGCAGAAAUUAGUUUUACUAACUUUUCGUAUCCCUGUCUUGUUUUUUUGUUUCCCAAAUAGGGCAAAAAAGAGCUUCAGGUGUCCCUGUUUCAGACGCUAGUGCUGCUCAUGUUCAACGAAGGAGAGGAAUUCACCUUGGAGGAGAUCAAGUUAGCUACAGGAAUAGGUCUGUAUGAUCACGAUGUACCACAUUCUGCUGGAUGUCUCCGUCAUAACACAAAUCCUAAUGGAUCAAAUAUAGCAGUCUUCUUGAAGUUGAACAAUUUAUUUUCAGAGAUUUUGCUUAAACAGUAGAAAUGAUUAUCAAUAUCAUCUUUCGUGCUUUUGCCAAGUACUUUUGGAUUGAGUUUGUGUUGACCUAAAGUGGGAUGUGCGUGCGCAUGUACAGUGCCUUCAGAAAGUAUUCACACCCCUUGACUUUUUAAACAUUUUGCCUGAAUUUAAAAUUGAUUACAUUUAGAUUUUCUGUCACUGGCCUACACACAAUACCCCAUAAUGGAAAUAUAUUUUUUGACAUUUUUUACAAAUUAAUUAAAAAUGAAAAGCUGAAAUGUCUUGAGUCAAUAAGUAUUCAACCCCUUUGUUAAGGCAUGGCUAAAUAUGUUCAGGAGUAAAAAUGCGCUUAACAAGUCACAUAAGUUGCAUGGACUCAAUAGUGUUUAACAUAAUUUUUGAAUGACAACCUGAUCUCUGUACCCCACACAUACAAUUAUCUGUAAGGUCCCUCAGUCGAGCAGUGAAUUUCAAACACAGAUUCAACCACAAAGACCAGUGAGGUUUUCCAAUGCCUCGCAAAGAAGGGCACCUUCUUUGCAGACAUGAAUUCACCUUUCAGCAGGACAAUAACCUAAAACACAAGGCCAAAUCUACACUGGAGUUGCUUACCAAGAAGAAAGUGAAUGUUCCUGAGUGGCCGAGUUACACUUUUGACUUAAAUCUACUUGGAAAUCUAUGGCAAGACCUGAAAAUGGUCGUCUAGCAAUGAUCAACAACCAAUUUGGCAGAGCUUGAAGAAAUGGGCAAAUGUUGCACAAUCCAGGUGUGGAACGCUCUUAGAGGCUUACCCAGCAAGACUCUCAGCUGUAAUCGCUGCCAAAGGUGCUUCUACAAAGUAUUGACUCAGAAGUGUGAAUACUUAUGUAAACGAGAUGUUUCUGUAUUUCAUUUUCAAUAAGUUUGCUAAAAUGUCUAAAAACAUGUUUUCACUUUGUCAUUAUGGGGUAUUGUAAUCCAUUUUGAAUUCGGGAUGUAACACAACCAGAUGUGGAAUAAGUCUAGGGGUAUGAAUACUUUCUGAAGGCACUGUUUGUGUGUGUGUGUGUGUGCAGAGGACGGCGAGCUGCGACGGACCCUGCAGUCAUUGGCGUGUGGCAAGGCGCGGGUCAUCCACAAAGUCCCCAAGAGCAAAGACGUGGAGGACGGAGACAAGUUCUCCUGCAACGAUGACUUCAAACACAAACUCUUCAGAAUCAAGAUCAACCAGAUCCAGAUGAAAGAAACAGUAAAUUCUCUCUCACUCACAGCAGGGUUGUUUUCAUUAGGAUCAUUGUUUUUUAAAAGGUUUUUAUUGGACAGCAGUUUUUUUUUAUUAGACAGGUCCAGGUAGUCUCUGCCUGUUCCAGUUUUGGUGCAUAAUGAAUACAUCCAAACGCAUUUCAAAUAGGAAUAUGAGUGCCAGAGUCUGGUGUAGUUGAAGCACUGACGAUACAGAACUAACCAAUGCCCUCUAGAGGCGGGUGUUCAAAGAAAUCUGUCACUCUCCACUAUACAGUUGAAGUCGGAAGUUUACAUACACCUUAGCCAAAUACAUUUAAACUCAGUUUUUCACAAUUCCUGACAUUUAAUCCUAGUUAAAAUUCCCUGUUUUAGUUCAGUUAGGAUUACCACUUUAUUUUAAGAAUGUGAAAUGUUAGAAUAAUAGUAGAGUGAUUUAUUUCAGCUUUUAUUUGUUUCAUAACAUUCACAGUGGGUCAGAAGUUUACAUGCACUCAAUUAGUAUUUGGUAGCAUUGCCUUUUUAAAUUGUUUAACGGGUCAAAUGUUUCGGGUAGCCUUCCACAAGCUUCCCACAUUAAGUUGGGUGAAUUUUGGCCCAUUCCUCCUGACAGAGCUGGUGUAACUGAGUCAGGUUUGUAGGCCUCCUUGCUCGCACACGCUUUCUUAGUUUUGCCCACAAAUGUUCUAUAGAAUUGAGGUCAGGGCUUUGUGAUGUCCACUCCAGUACCUUGACUUUGUUGUCCUUAAGCCAUUUUGCCACAACUUUGGAAGUAUGCUUGGGGUCAUUGUCCAUUUGGAAGAACCAUUUGCGACCGAGCUUUAACUUCCUGACUGAUGUCUUGAGAUGUUGCUUCAAUAUAUCCACAUAAUUUUCCUUCCUCAUGAUGCCAUCUAUUUUGUGAAGUGCACCAGUCCCUCCUACAAAAAUGUUUCUGAGGUCUUGGCUGAUUUCUUUUGAUUUUCCCAUGAUGUCAAGCAAAGAGGCACUGAGUUUGAAGGUAGGCCUUGAAAUACAUCCACAGGUACACCUCCAAUUGACUCAAAUGGUGUCAAUUAGCCUAUCAGAAGCUUCUAAAUCCAUUACAUCAUUUUCUGGAAUUUUCAAAGCUGUUUAAAGGCACAGUCAACUUUGUGUAUGUAAACUUCAGACCCACUGGAAUUGUGAUACAGUGAAUUAUAAGUUAAAUAAUCUGUCUGUAAACAAUUGUUGGAAAAAUUACUUGUCAUGCGCAAAGUAGAUGUCCUAACCGACUUGGCAAAACUAUAGUUUGUUAACAAGAAAUUUGUGGAGUGGUUGAAAAACAUGUUUUAAUGACUCCAACCUAAGUGUACGUAAACUUCCGACUUCAACUGUAUGUUCCCACUUAAUCAGUAUCCUCCAAUAGCUAGGUUUCCAUCCAAUUAGCAACAGGUUUUCAUACAAAUAUUCUAAUAUCCACAUAAAUAACAUGCGCAUUUUCCCAUCAGAGAUAUGUUUCCAUCAAAUUGACUUGUUGUGGAUAAGUCUGUGCGUGAUGAAGUAAUGCACAUAAAACUAACUUUCUGUCACUAAAAAUGAUAUAGCGAAUGUGCCCACUCUGGUAUUGGCACGUGCGCUCUAGCCAACAGCUCGCAAAUACAGUGCGGGUAUAGCCUAUGAUGAGAUUUAUUAUGGACAAAAGAGCAAUAUUAUUAUUAUUAUUAUUAUUUGUCAUACGGCAGCCAAGCAUCGAUCAUCAUGUCACCAGAAUAAGACCCUCGAGUGGCAGCGGUGAAAGCAUUGCAUCGCAGUGCUGAGGCGCCACUACAGCCUGGGGUUCGAUCCCAGACUGUCACAUCCGGCCGUGACCGGGAGCCCUAUAGGAUGGCGCACAAUUGGCCCAGUGCCGUCAGGGGUAGGGCAGGGUUUGGCUGGGGGGCUUUCCUUGGCUCAUGGCGCUAUAGCAACUCCUUGUGGCAGGGCCGGGCCGCCUGCAAGCUUUCUUCUGACACAUUGGUGUGGCUGACUUGCAUGUUAAGCGAGCAGUGUGUUAAGAAUUAGAGCGGCCAUGCGGGUCAUGUUUCGGAGGACGCAUGACUCGACCUUUGCCUCUCCAGAGCCCAUUGGGGAGUUGCAGCAACGAGCCAAAAUGGGGUAAAACAGAAUAUGCUUGUGGCCAUACCACCCUGAACACGCCUGAUCUCGGUAGCUAAGCAGGGUCGGGCCUGGUUAGUACUUUGAUUUGGAGACCGCCUGGGAAUACCAGGUGCAGUAAACUCCAAUGUGUUAUUAUUUUUUAUAAAAAAUAAAGACCCUCUAAUAUUUAUUGGAAAGGAGCAUCAAGCUCACCACCUUGCACUUUCACCACCCUGUGAAGUUCAUAAAUUAUUUCAUCUGUAGCCGAAUAAACUGCAUGCCUUCUUGAGUCAUAGUGGGAGGACCACUCAUGUCAUCGUGUGACUCCCAAGUGUACUCCGAUAUGAUGGUUAUUAUAUCGAUAUUUGCGUUUAAAAGCGUUUCCACCGCCAUUUAUCGCAUAAUUAAUUUGACAGACACAAAGUUCCCACCUUCUCUAUCGUGUGUUGUCAACAUUUGGAAGGUUUACUGACAAAUUAGCUGUUUACAGAAACAUUUCCUGUCGUGACUCUCAUGAAAAGGUUGGAUGGAAACCUGGUUACUGAUUUAUUUGUACCAUCUAUAAAGCAGAAGAAAACCAGGGAAAGGUGAAUAUUAGCCACUCAUUCAUUUGGUGAAUUGUCUUUGGUAGGUGGAGGAGCAAACCAGCACCACGGAACGAGUCUACCAGGACCGGCAGUAUCAGAUCGACGCCGCCAUCGUCCGGAUCAUGAAGAUGAGGAAGACUCUGAGCCAUAACCUCUUGGUGUCAGAAGUAUACAAUCAACUUAAGUUCCCCGUCAAGGUGAGUAAAUGGGGUGCAAGAAGAGCACUUCACUCAGGGGUGAGGUUCCCAAACGCUUCGUAGCUAACGUAGUACUUUAUUUUUCUUGAUGACCCAGACUGACUGUCCAACAUACAGUGCAUUCGGAAAGUAUUCAGACCCCUUGACUUUUUCCACAUUUUGUUACAUUACAGCCUUAUUCUAAAAUUGAUUAAAUAAAGAAAUGUCCUCAUCAAUCUAUACACAAUACCCCAUAAUGUCAAAGCGAAAACAGGUUUGUAGAAAGUUUUGCAAAUGUAUAACAAAACAAACGUAUUUACGUAAGUAUUCAGACCCUUUGCUAUGAGACUCGAAAUUGAGCUCAGGUGCAUCCUGUUUCCAUUGAUCAUCCUUGAGAUGUUUCUACAACUUGAUUGGAGUCCACCUGUGGUAAAUUCAACUGAUUGGACAUGAUUUUGGAAAGGCACACACCUGUCUAUAUAAGGUCCCACAGUUGGACCAAGAACCCAAUGACAGAACUCCAGAGUUCCUCUGUGGAGAUGGGAGAACCUUCCAGAAGGACAACCAGCUCUGCAGCACUCCACCAAUCAGGCCUUUAUGGUAGAGUGGACAGACGGAAGCCACUCCUCAGUAAAAGGCACAUGACAGCCCGCUUGGAGUUUGCCAAAAGGCACCUAAAGGACUCUGACCAUGAGAAAUAAGAUUCUCUGGUCUGAUGAAACCAAGAUUGAACUCUUUGGCCUGAAUGCCAAGCAUCACAAUUGGAGGAAAGCUGGCACCAUCCCUACAGUGAAGCGUGGUGGCAGCAUCGUGCUGUGUGGAUGUUUUUCAGCGGCAGGGACUGGGAGACAAGUCAGGAUUGAGGGAAAGAUGAACAGAGCAAAGUACAGAGAGAUCCUUGAUGAAACCUGCUCCAGAGCGCUCAGGACCUCAGACUGGGGUGAAGAUUCACCUUCCAACAGGACAACGACCCUAAGCACACAGCCAAGACGACGCAUGAGUGGCUUUGGAACAAGUCUCUGAAUGUCAUUGAGUGGCCCAGCCAGAGCCUGGACUUGAACCUGAUCGAACAUCUCUGGAGAGAGCUGAAAAUAGCUGUGCAGCGACGCUCCCCAUCCAACCUGACAGAGCUUGAGAGGAUCUGCAGAGAAGAAUGGGAGAAACUCCCCAAAUACAGGUGUGCCAAGCUUGUAGCAUCAUACCCAAGAAGUCUCGAGGCUGUAAUCGAUGCCAAAGGGGCUUCAACAAAGUACUGAGUAAAGGGUCUGAAUACUUAUGUAAAUGUGAUAUUUCAGGUUUUUAAUACAUUAACAUUUUCUAAACCUGUUUUUGCAUUGUCAUAAUGGGGUAUUGUGUGUAGAUUGAUGAGGGGAAAAACAAACAAUUUAAUCAGUUUUAGAAUAAAGCUGUAACGUAGCAAAAUGUGGAAAAAGUCAAGUGGUCUGAAUGCUUUACGAAUGCACUGUAUGGGCAAUUUUGCAACUACAGGUAGAUUUUUACGUUUUGUAUUUCAAUUUAGAUUUUAAUUUACAUACAUUAAGUUGACACUAAAAUCAAUAUUUGUGAUAUUUAAAUUUUCUGGGGGGAAUACAUUUUCUAGUUUCUAAACCUCUUUUUGCGUUGUCAUUAUGGGGUAUUGUGUGUAGAUUGAUGAGGGGAAACAAACAAUUUAAUCAGCUUUAGAAUAAGACUGUAACGUCACAAUGUGGAAAAAGCUAAGGGGUCUGAAUAAUUUCCGAAUGCACUGUAAAUUGUACAAUUUGUUACUCUUGUCGCUGUGCGGCUGGGUUGUCGAGAGAAAGUGCCUUGUUAGUUAUGAGGCUUUUGGAAAACUCACCCCAGACAUGCAGAGUAUGAUCCAAUUAAGUGGCAAUGCCCGAGAAGCCUGUGUUUGGAGGAUAUAUUGGCACGGGUGUUAUUUUGAACAUCUAAUCAAAUGGCUACCCAGACUAUUUGCAUUGUGUGUGUGUCCCCCUCUUUUACGCUGCUGCUACUCUAUGUUUAUUAUCUAUGCAUAGUCACUUUAAUAACUCUACCUACAUGUACAUAUUACCUCGACUAACCGGUGCCCAUGCACAUUGACUCUGUCCUGGUACCCCCUGUAUAUAGCCUCGCUAUUGUUAUUUUACUGCUGCUCUUUAAUUAUUUGUUACUUUUAUUUCGUAUUAUUUUGUUAUUUAAUAUUUUUGGGUGUUCUUUCUUAAAAUUGUGUCGUUGGUUAAGGGCUUGUAAGUAAGCAUUUCACUGUAAGGUCUACGCAUGUGACAAAUAAGAUUUGAUUUGUUUAGUCUCGGGCCGCAAACCGUGCCAAUAUAUCCUCCAAACACUGGCUUCGAGGGCAUUAUCACUUUUAUACAACGGCUUACCAACAUAUUCAAAUAAUGAUUGACAUAUUUUGAUUAAUGUUAUUUUGAUUAAUUUAUUCAUACUAUUUCAUCCUUCUACGAUAUAUAUAGUCCCGAUGCAAAUCUAGGGUUGCUACCCAAGCCAGCUGGUUGUUCAUUCUAUCGGUUAGGCUGCCAUAGUCGUGAAGUCUUUUAGUUCUAUAUCUAUGGAUGCGACCCAGUCAUUCGUUGUAAAUGUUCCUUUGCCAGUUCUUAUCCCUUGCUUGCUAGCUAAUAGUCACGUCAAACAGUGCAGCCAAAGGAACAGCAAAGUGGCUGCAUUUGCGUUUGCCUAAUCUGUUUUCUAGUGACAUUUAUUUGGAUACAUCCAUCACAAUGAUCUAAUGAUGCACAAUUUCGCAUGGCAUAGAACAUUUUCUCUCUAGCCAGGACACUGUUCAGACCAGAAGAGCUAGCCAACUACACAGCGAACACAAUCACUUCAAACUGAAGCAGGAAAGACAGCAAACUAUAGCUGCAUGUUGCCUAACACAUCGGUGAAACCAAUUCCCACAGUCAUAAAUAAAAUCAAAAACAUGAAGCAGGUUGGGCAUGUGUUGCAAAGCAGGUUGUGGGUUAUUCAAACUGUUAAAAAAAAAAUAAAAAAUUUGCAACGCCAGGGUUGUGGGUUCGAUUCCCACAGGGGGCCAGUAAAAAAUAAAAAUAAAAAAAUAAAAAAUAAAUUAUAAAAAAAAAAAAUAUGGUGCAUGGUGUUUGCAACGCCAGGGUUGUGGGUUCGAUUCCCACAGGGGGCCAGUAUUAAAAAUAAAAAUAAAAAAAUAAAAUAAAAAUAAACAAAAAAAAAAAAAUUUAUUAAAAAAAAAAAUAUGGUGCAUGGUGUUUGCAACGCCAGGGUUGUGGGUUCGAUUCCCACAGGGGGCCAGUAUAAAAAUAAAUACAAAAAUAUAUAAAAAAAAAAAAAAUUUAUUAAAUAAAAAAAUAUGGUGCAUGGUGUUUGCAACGCCAGGGUUGUGGGUUCGAUUCCCACAGGGGGCCAGUAAAAAUAAAAAUAAUAAAUUAUUUAAAAAAAAAAUAUGGUGCAUGGUGUUUGCAACGCCAGGGUUGUGGGUUCAAUUCCCACAGGGGGCCAGUAUAAAAAAUAAAAAUAAAAAAAAUUAAAAAAAAAAAAUUAUAUAUAUAUAUAUAUUUAUUUUAAAAAAAAAUAUGGUGCAUGGUGUUUGCAACGCCAGGGUUGUGGGUUCGAUUCCCACGGGGGGCCAGUAUAAAAAAAAAAAAAAAUAUAUAUAUAUAAAUAAAUAAAAAAUAAAAAAAUUAUUUAAAAAAAAAUAUAUGGUGCAUGGUGUUUGCAACGCCAGGGUUGUGGGUUCGAUUCCCACAGGGGGCCAGUAAAAAAUAAAAAUAAAAAAUUAUUUAAAAAAAAAAUAUGGUGCAUGGUGUUUGCAACGCCAGGGUUGUGGGUUCGAUUCCCACAGGGGGCCAGUAAAAAAUAAAAAUAAAAAAAUAUGGUGCAUGGUGUUUGCAACGCCAGGGUUGUGGGUUCGAUUCCCACAGGGGGCCAGUAUAAAAAAUAAAAAUAAAAAUAAAAAAAUAAAAAAUAAAAAAAAUUAUUUAAAAAAAAAAUAUGGUGCAUGGUGUUUGCAACGCCAGGGUUGUGGGUUCGAUUCCCACAGGGGGCCAGUAAAAAAAUAAAAAUAAAAAAUUAUUUAAAAAAAAAAUAUGGUGCAUGGUGUUUGCAACGCCAGGGUUGUGGGUUCGAUUCCCACAGGGGGCCAGUAUAAAAAGAAAAAAAAAUAUAUUAAAAAAAAAAAUAUGGUGCAUGGUGUUUGCAACGCCAGGGUUGUGGGUUCGAUUCCCACAGGGGGCCAGUAUAAAAAAAAUAUAUAUAUAUAAAAAAUAAAAAAAAUUAUGGGUUCGAUUCCCACAGGGGGCCAGUAUAAAAAAUAAAGAAAAAAUAAAUAAAUAAAAUAAAAAAAAAUUAUUAAAAAAAAAAUUAUGGUGCAUGGUGUUUGCAACGCCAGGGUUGUGGGUUCGAUUCCCACAGGGGGGCCAGUAAAAAAUAAAAAUAAAAAAUUAUUAAAAAAUAAAAUAUGGUGCAUGGUGUUUGCAACGCCAGGGUUGUGGGUUCGAUUCCCACAGGGGGCCAGUAAAAAAUAAAAAUAAAAAAAUAAAUAAAAAAUUAUUAAAAAAAUAAAUAUGGUGCAUGGUGUUUGCAACGCCAGGGUUGUGGGUUCGAUUCCCACAGGGGGCCAGUAUAAAAAAAAAAAAAAAAAAAAAAAAAUUAUUAAAAAAAAAAAUAUGGUGCAUGGUGUUUGCAACGCCAGGGUUGUGGGUUCGAUUCCCACAGGGGGCCAGUAAAAAAUAAAUAAAAAAUUAUUAAAAAAAAAAAUAUGGUGCAUGGUGUUUGCAACGCCAGGGUUGUGGGUUCGAUUCCCACAGGGGGCCAGUAAAAAAAAAAAAAAAAAAAAUAUGGUGCAUGGUGUUUGCAACGCCAGGGUUGUGGGUUCGAUUCCCACAGGGGGCCAGUAUAAAAAAUAAAAAUAAAAAAUAAAAAUAAAAAAAUAAAAAAUAAAAAAAAUUAUUUAAAAAAAAAAUAUGGUGCAUGGUGUUUGCAACGCCAGGGUUGUGGGUUCGAUUCCCACAGGGGGCCAGUAAAAAAUAAAAAUAAAAAAUUAUUUAAAAAAAAAAUAUGGUGCAUGGUGUUUGCAACGCCAGGGUUGUGGGUUCGAUUCCCACAGGGGGCCAGUAUAAAAAAAAAUAAAAAAUAAUUUAAAAAAAAAAUAUGGUGCAUGGUGUUUGCAACGCCAGGGUUGUGGGUUCGAUUCCCACAGGGGGCCAGUAUAAAAAAAAUAUAUAUAUAUAUAAAAAAUAAAAAAAAUUAUGGGUUCGAUUCCCACAGGGGGCCAGUAUAAAAAAUAAAUAAAAAAUAAAUAAAAAAUAAAUAAAAAAAAAAUAAAAAAAAAUUAUUAAAAAAAAAAUUAUGGUGCAUGGUGUUUGCAACGCCAGGGUUGUGGGUUCGAUUCCCACAGGGGGCCAGUAAAAAAUAAAAAUAAAAAAUUAUUUAAAAAAAAAAUAUGGUGCAUGGUGUUUGCAACGCCAGGGUUGUGGGUUCGAUUCCCACAGGGGGCCAGUAAAAAAUAAAAAUAAAAAAAUAAAUAAAAAAUUAUUAAAAAAAUAAAUAUGGUGCAUGGUGUUUGCAACGCCAGGGUUGUGGGUUCGAUUCCCACAGGGGGCCAGUAUAAAAAAAAAAAUAAAAAAAAAUUAUUAAAAAAAAAAAUAUGGUGCAUGGUGUUUGCAACGCCAGGGUUGUGGGUUCGAUUCCCACAGGGGGCCAGUAAAAAAUAAAUAAAAAAUUAUUUAAAAAAAAAAUAUGGUGCAUGGUGUUUGCAACGCCAGGGUUGUGGGUUCGACUCCCACAGGGGGCCAGUAUAAAAAAAAAUAAAAAAAUAUAUAUAUAAUAAAAAAAAAUAUUAUUAAAAAAAAAUAUAUGGUGUUUGCAACGCCAGGGUUGUGGGUUCGAUUCCCACAGGGGGCCAGUAUAAAAAUAAAAAAAUAAAUAAAUUAAAAAUAAAUAAAAUAAAAAAAAAAUAUUAAAAAAAAAAAUAUGGUGCAUGGUGUUUGCAACGCCAGGGUUGUGGGUUCGAUUCCCACAGGGGGCCAGUAUAAAAAAAAUUAAAUAUAAAAAUAAAAAAAUAAUAAUAAAAUAAUGUAUUUAAAAUAAAUAAAAAUAUAAAUAAAAUAAAAAAAAUAUGUAAGUCGCUCUGGAUAAGAGCGUCUGCUAAAUGACUAAAAUGUAAAUGUAAAUGAAACGUACUUGCAGACUUGAAAACCAUUGCCUACAGCUUGAAACUGAGUGGCGCAGUGGUCUAAGGCACUGCAUCGCAGUGCAAAACUGUGCCACUAGAUCCUGGUUCGAAUCCAGGCUCUGUCGCAGCCGGCCGCGACCGGGAGACUCAUGGGCGGCGCACAAUUGGCCCAGCGUCGUCCAGGGUAGGGGAGGGAAUGGCCGGCAGGGAUGUAGCUCAGUUGAUAGAGCAUGGUGUUUGCAACGCCAGGGUUGUGGGUUCGAUUCCCACAGGGGGCCAGUAAAAAAUAAAAAUAAAAAAUUAUUUAAAAAAAAAAUAUGGUGCAUGGUGUUUGCAACGCCAGGGUUGUGGGUUCGAUUCCUGAGUGGCGCAGUGGUCUAAGGCACUGCAUCGCAGUGCUAACUGUGCCACUAGAGAUCCUGGUUCGAAUCCAGGCUCUGUCGCAGCCGGCCGUGACCGGGAGACUCAUGGGCGGCGCACAAUUGGCCCAGCGUCGUCCAGGGUAGGGGAGGGAAUGGCCGGCAGGGAUGUGGCUCAGUUGAUAGAGCAUGGCGUUUGCAACGCCAGGGUUGUGGGUUCGAUUCCCACGGGGGGCCAGUAUAAUAAAAAAAAAAAAAAAUGUAUUCACUAACUGUAAGUCGCUCUGGAUAAGAGCGUCUGCUAAAUGACUAAAAUGUAAAAAUGUAAAAAAAUGUUGUAUUGUUUGACUUCUUUGACAUUUCUUUGUCAUAAAAAUCAUGCUGAUUCAUGAUUUCGACUGGCUGAGAAAAGCUGUCUGCCUGUCUGUCUCGUUCCGACUCGCGACACGUUCAUUACUAUGGAACAGCUGGAGAUCAAAUUUCAAUAUUGAAACGAUGUUGCAAAUGUCGGCGAGACAGACAGCAAGGUUUAUACAAAUCUCUGCUGUUAAAAACCAAAACAAAUGGGAGAUAAUGUCUAGAUGCGUUUUACAGUGGAGAUCAAGUUCAUAAAUUACCUGGCUGGGCUGAUGAGACAGUGGAUUGCUGAAUAGGCAUUUCAACGUCAUAGACUUAGCCAGUGGUAACUUGUGGAAUAGACAUCAGCUGGAACACUGUUUUAACCAAUCAGCAUCCAGGAUUAGACCCACCCGUUGUAUAAAGAUGCAUGUAAACUGUACAAGCACUUCAUAGUGGACUCUAAUUUUGAGAGGUUUCAUGUUUUUUUGUUCGCUAACGCUCAUCUUCUCAACAGCCUGCUGACCUAAAGAAGAGAAUAGAGUCUCUCAUUGACAGAGAUUACAUGGAGCGCGACAAGGAGAACCCCAACCAAUACAACUAUGUUGCUUAAAGAGAGAGGGAUGAAGGGGGGGGUGGAGAGCAGGUGGUCCAGUCAGGCUGAAGGCUUCUCUGAGCACUCGGUCCCGUGGAUGCUCCUCUCGCUCUUCUUCCCGCAUGGAUGUCAGCGUUACCCUCUUCAACCCAGCGACCGACAACUGAAUGGCUACUGCUCUGCGGGACUUUGUCAGGGGCCUGUUUUCGUGUGGACUGCAUGCCCAUUAAACAAGAAUAUCGUCCAUUUUUUUUCUCAGUGCCGCUCAGUGAGAAUUGGACUUAGCUACCUUGGACAAAAAUUAAAUUAAAGACAAACCAAUGUUGUUCAGAUUGUUCUUUUUUUUACAGGGGGUGGGGGGGAGUAUUUCUUUUCAAACUUAGAUCUUUGUCCAUCGGCAUUCUGCUCCUUGUUUUAAGUCGCUACUUUUUACUUUUAAUUCACUCUGUACUAUCCCAUGCGAAUGUUCAAAUGCACAACAUUGCUCUUAACAUACUACACUUGGAAGAAAGAAAAACAAAAGUCAAGCGCUUGUCUCAAUCAGUGUUGUAUGUGAGACCCAUGGAUAAACAUUCACAGUAGGAUUUUAUUUUUCCGUGGUGGAUUUCAGUGUGAAAAGUGGGCACUUGCAGCCAAGUCAUACAAUUCUCUGUAGCUAUCCGUCUCCAACUACUCCUGUUCAUCAACAGCAAUCAAUGGGACGAUUAUUUAGUAGCUAGGCAAUAUGAGGAAUUGACAGUAUGUGCCAAAAAUAGAGCACUUUUGUUAUAGGAUUUGUUAAUGCUGCUAACCAAACACUAACUUUUACAUGUUAUAUGAAUUUAGUUUUCCAUUUCACUUUUGCCCUGAUUGUUUCAAUGUUUUGCUUUUUGUAUGGACAAGACUUUACAAAUGCAUUGACAUUUUAAGUGCAAACUUCGACAGUCACCUCGCCUUUAGGUCUUUUUCUUAACCCCUAGAGAUGAUCUACUCCUAAAAGCACAGCGACAUCAGUCCCUGAUACCCCUCAUGUUUCCAAGUAUAUCUCAAUUUACAAGCAUUAUAUUCUUUGUAAGUCCUCUCUGUAGGGCAUAUGGCAGGCCUUGCGUUUGGGCAUUAAUGGAGUUGUUUGAUAUCGCAACAGAUAAAAAUACUUUGUUUAUUGAGAAAUCAUGCUUGACUGGACUUUUUGCCCUGUGUCUGAAUAAAUUGUUUGUUUUAUUGCUUCAGAUUAAAGUAAUUGUCAGAGUUUCUAUGUUUUUCCCCUCAUCUGUUUAUUUUCCUAGACAUUCAUGCAGUUUCUCUCAAUGCAAGACAAAGUUGACAUCCUGAUUAAAUUAUGAGAGGAUGAAAUCAAUGUCUUGAAGAAUCAAUAUUUUUAGUUUUGUUCUUAUCUGACAGUUUUGUCUUGUUUAAAUUCCAUAGAAGAUUCAUUAUUUUUAACAAUUUCACCACUACCAUUUUCAGAGGUACAACAAAUGUUUCCCCCCUUUCUUUCACUAACCUUGAAGGCUUAUUUCUAUGCUUUUCCCAAUAGUGAGAUGGUAUUGGCAUGCAGCUGCAAAUAUUUUUAUAACAAAAAAGUGAUCCAUGUUGUCACACAAUGUAAUGUUAAGUGUGUUCUCCUCAAGAAGAAUGAGGAAAGAGGAUGUUUUGGUUGGUUGUUUGUUUGUUUGGGUGGUGUGCAUCACAAAAUAAACUGGAACAUGAUAGGCUACAUGUUUUCUACAAAUUC